CCCGUCUGCAAGUGCAACCACAUCUGGCGUCCCGCACUGCGCGUGAUGCAGUGAGCAGACUCAUUAGGCGCAUAUUCACACAGCGGGCCAACGCACCACUACAGGGAUGUUUUAGGGGCGCCGCGCAACAGGGGCCCCAGCCAGGGCGUUGACAAAUCGUCUCCCCCCCCUUCUGGACCGCAUUGGCGUGGGUGUUGUGGUGUUGUGGUGUUGCGGUGUCGUGGUGUCGUUCAUAUCUCCGAUGGGCUUCUUCGUAGGAAUUUGUCUCUUCCACGCCGGUGUACCCCGACGGCCCGGCCGCAGCGCCGGCGAUAUGCGAGAAGGCGCAGGUGGCGAGGGGGGCGUGCGAGGAGCACAUCAAAGGUGCUGGCAAGGGUCCGGGGAACCUGGUCCAGACCGGGACCAAGGCGAAGAAGGCUUCGUGGUUGACCUCCCACAGCGAGUUCGGCGUGGAGAUAGCUUGGGCAGCGAGCUGCGCCUGCCGUUGAAUAUCCACGAGGCGCCCCCGACGCCCGCGAGGGCCGUCACCGAGGCGGGGGCUCUGCACGAUUUGAACAAGAUGACGUCGACGCCCGCCUUCAAGCUGGCGUCGCUGCCCGCGCGGGCGAAGCACGAGGCCGUGGUGAGAGUUCUCGGCAAGCUGGCUCACGGCAGGGCCCCCGACCUGACCGUGUGCAACGCUGACAAGCAGCUCGCUGGUGUCGUCGCCAAGCUGAAGUACUUCGCGAGAGUCGCGACGGGCGGGGCCGCGGGGCCUGGCCAGGCGAAGAUUUUCUUCGGCCCGGACGGCCUCGAGGUGCUCCUCGAGGGGGCGAAGCUGAAGGACGCCAAGGGUACGCUCGCGAAGGACGACAUGGCCAAGCUCCUUGAGUACACCCACCUGCUGACCCCGCAGCUCGCGUCCGAGACCGCCGCUCUGACGAACGCGAAGCUGGAGAGCAAGGUCGUCGGCGAGGUGUCGGAGAGGAAGAAAAAACAGCCCAUGAAGAGCGCGGCCGCCCAGGCUGCCGAGGACGAGGCCGUGAGGGAGGCGAUGAAGAUAUUCUCUUGAGUGCCGCGGGGCCCGCUUCCUCGCACGCUCGCGCUUUCGCUGCUUCUCAGACAAGGCAAGGCCGCAGGGCGACGGGGGCAUGCGCGGCAGGCGCGCUCUCUGGGCCGACCAGGGGCACCACGACUAAAGCAGACUACGCAGGCCGAGGGGUGGCCCGGGGA